AUGCCGGCUAGGGACGGCGCCCGACGGGGGGCCGACAACCGCCGGCUCGCUGACCGGGAUGACUGGGCCGCUCCCCGCAGAGCUUGGGCAGCCGCUCCCUACUGGCCGCUCCCCGCUCGUGAGGGCACCCUUGACGGCCGGUGCGACGCGCGACUCCCUCUGCCUGGUUCGCAGGGGGCGCGACGCUGGGAGGUGGCUGGGCGGCUGCGUGAAGACAACCAGCGACGCGAAGAUGAACUCCACCCCGAGCUACAACGCCGGUCUGUGUACUCCGCCCCUAGCCGACCUGGUCCGGAGGUGGGUCAGAGCUCGUGCCAAGGCGCCCGGAGUUCCGUAGGUUCGGAUGACCGUGCUCGGUAUGGGUCUAAGGAGUCGGACAGUGCGGACUCGCUCAAUUGGCAUAGGUCCUUGUCCUGGUCGCCGCGGUACACCCCCCGUUGCACCUCGGAGGAGGCUCCGGGUCCAGUUGGGCCGUCGACGAAGCGGAAGAAGAAGCACUCGGGUGGGCUCAGUGGUCAGCAGGAGGCCCCGGUGAUUCCCCCGGCCAGAGCCAGUCGCGCCCGGACCCAUGACGAGACAUUGUGCAUCAACUGUGGGUGUGCCGGUCACUUCCAUUCGGAGUGCUUGACGCCCUCCCGGUGCCCUACCACUCUUGCCUACCUGGGGUACGGGGUGGAGGGGGGUGGCUUCUACUAUGUGGACGCGACCCUGGAGGACGAACCCGUCCGGCCGCACCUAGCGACGAUCACCCUCGUGCCGGAUCAGCAGCCGCCGCCGUCGGUUGUGGUUACCGCUGAGACCAUACGGGCAGAGCUGUCAGCAUACAUUGGCGAUUAUAGAGACAGCGCCUUCUCUUGGGAAGUCACUGAGACAGCACCGAUGGUCUUCUCGGUACCCUUCCCUUCUGCUGAGAUGCUCAAUGUCUGCAGCCACGACCACAUCAAGUGCCCCAUCAACAACUUCAUGAUCUCAAUCCAGAAGGCUGAUGCUGAGCCGGACACGGUGGCCCCCCUUACCCAGGUGUGGAUGCUCAUCUACGGGCUCCCGAGUGGGGGCAAGCGCAAGCACAUUCUCAAGGCCAUCUCGGAGCCGGUGGGCAAGAUUCUGACGGUCGAUCUGGAUUCCUUGGAGGGCGAUGGCCCGGCGCGCGUCAAGCUCCUUUGUCAGGCUCCAGCUGAUGUGGACGGCCUGUCCUUAAUCUUUUACUUCGGCAAGAACAAGGGCAAGUGUAUCACCUACAAGAUCGAUCUGGAUCCACUGGAGGGGCGACCGGAGGACGAGCCGCCCGCACCAACACCGGCCCCACCCGUGGCGGGACGGGACAAUGAGGAUAGCCAGUCUGAGGACAACUCCCCGAAGUCGGAUGAUGGGCUUCCGCCGACGGCGUCGACCGAGAACCCUCGCGCGCCAGCUUCGGCUGGUACGGUGGGCGCUGGACUGCCGGGUGGCUCCACCCUCGCCCUUGCUGUUGUAGCGGCAUCUUCGCUGGUUCCUGAGCUGGAGGAGGAGACCCUGAAUGCUAGGCUGGAUGUUCGCCCGCCGUCCCCGCCGCGCUCCCCUGGGGUGGUGUGCUACUCUCGCUCGCACCGACUCCCCCGUGGCCAGCCUCGGGACCCAGCCUGUACCCUCACCGGCAGUGGCAUCCAGGCAGAGCGCGCGUCUCUGCCGAUCUCGGACUCUCCCGGGCGGUUGGGUUCCUACGAUCCCGGAGAAGGUGGCCAUGCGUGCGGUGACACAUGAUCUCACCCCAGCACUGGCACCCGCUCUCUAGACAGCGCGACCGUGAUCGCCUGGCCUCAUGCUGGAUGCGCUUCUGGAUUCGGCACGUCAUUUAUCGUCAUCGUAGGACCGCCUGACGACUGGCACCAGGUGGCUUUUUUCUUAUUUCUCUCUUGUUUUUUGGGCAUGAUUGUGUUGUUGCCCCAGCUGUCGUUCUUGUUUCGGACUAUGGAUGUUGGUUGUAUGGACCGUUGCUUUAUUUAUAAAGCGGGCGAAAACCUAU